AUGAGCUAUCAGAUACCAUCAUCGCAAAGCCGCACAAUGUCACACAGCAGCUAUGGUGGAUCUGAUGUGCCUAUGGCUCCAAGCAAAGAGCAGCAGACACUUAUGUGGCAGCAGAGUUCUUACCUGGUUGAUUCUGGUAUCAACUCUGGGGCAGCAACUCAGGUGCCAUCAAUAACUGGAAAGGAAGAUGAUGAGAUGGAAGGGGACCAGCUCAUGUUCGACUUGGAUCAAGGAUUUGGUCAGGGGUUUACCCAGGAACAAGUUGACGAUAUGAACCAACAGCUGUCGCAAACACGUUCACAACGUGUACGCGCAGCUAUGUUUCCUGAAACCUUGGAGGAAGGAAUUGAGAUCCCUUCCACACAAUUGGAUCCUGCUCAGCCAACUGCUGUCCAACGUCUUGCUGAGCCAUCGCAAAUGCUUAAACAUGCUGUUGUCAACUUGAUCAACUACCAGGAUGAUGCUGAUUUGGCUACCAGAGCCAUACCAGAGUUAAUUAAGCUUUUGAAUGAUGAAGAUCAAGUGGUUGUAUCUCAAGCUGCGAUGAUGGUACAUCAGCUCUCCAAGAAGGAAGCUUCUCGUCAUGCCAUCAUGAACUCUCCUCAGAUGGUAGCUGCUUUAGUGCGAGCGAUUUCCAACAGCAAUGAUCUUGAAACUACAAAGGGGGCAGUUGGAACUUUGCACAAUUUAUCUCAUCACCGCCAAGGUCUUCUAGCCAUAUUUAAGAGUGGUGGUAUACCAGCUCUGGUUAAACUUCUCAGCUCUCCAGUUGAGUCUGUACUUUUUUAUGCUAUAACCACACUGCAUAACCUCCUUUUACACCAAGAUGGUUCCAAGAUGGCUGUUCGUUUAGCUGGGGGUCUACAAAAGAUGGUAGCUCUGCUGCAAAGAAAUAAUGUUAAGUUUUUGGCCAUUGUGACUGACUGCCUUCAAAUCUUGGCAUAUGGAAAUCAAGAGUCGAAACUUAUCAUACUUGCUUCUCAGGGGCCAAUUGAACUAGUACGAAUCAUGCGCUCUUAUGAUUACGAAAAGUUACUGUGGACCACCUCCAGGGUUCUGAAGGUCCUCUCUGUAUGCUCUAGCAACAAACCAGCGAUUGUUGAAGCUGGUGGCAUGCAAGCUUUGGCCAUGCAUCUUGGCAACCCUAGUGGUCGUCUUGUACAGAACUGCCUUUGGACUUUGAGGAAUCUUUCUGAUGCUGCAACAAAGGUCGAAGGAUUGGAGGGUCUCCUCCAAAGUCUAGUGCGAGUCCUGGCUUCAACUGAUGUUAACAUUGUUACAUGUGCUGCAGGCAUUUUGUCCAAUUUAACUUGCAACAACCAGCGCAAUAAGGUGACGGUGUACCAGGCGCGCGGCGUGGACGCGCUGGUGCGCACGGUGAUGGCGGCGGGCGACCGCGAGGAGAUCACCGAGCCCGCCGUGUGCGCGCUGCGCCACCUCACCUCGCGCCACGUCGAGAGCGAGCUGGCGCAGAACGCCGUGCGUGACCACUUCGGCCUGCCGGUGAUAGUAAAGCUUCUGCAGCCACCAUCUCGCUGGCCGUUAGUGAAAGCGGUUGUUGGUCUGGUGCGAAACUUGGCGCUUUGCCCAGCCAAUCACGCUCCACUCCGCGAACAAGGCGCUGUGCAUCACCUGGUUAGACUUCUGAUGCGCGCCUUCAAUGAUACCCAAAGGCAACGGUCAUCUGUGUCCGGUGGCGGCGGGGCGGCUGGCGCCUACGCCGACGGCGUGCGCAUGGAGGAGAUCGUGGAGGGAGCUGUCGGAGCCCUACACAUCCUGGCACGCGAGAGCCUCAACAGGCAGCUCAUACGUCAGCAGAACGUCAUACCCAUCUUUGUACAGCUGCUCUUCAAUGAAAUCGAAAAUAUACAGCGUGUAGCAGCUGGAGUUCUCUGUGAAUUAGCGGCGGACAAGGAAGGUGCCGAGAUGAUAGAGGCCGAAGGCGCAACGGCACCUCUAACUGAAUUGUUGCAUUCACGUAAUGAAGGAGUUGCUACUUAUGCUGCAGCCGUUUUAUUCCGCAUGUCUGAGGACAAGCCUCAUGAUUACAAGAAGAGACUCUCUAUGGAGUUGACCAAUUCGUUGUUCCGCGACGAUCAUCAGAUGUGGCCUAACGAUCUUGGGAUGCAACCUGAUUUGCAGGAUAUGCUCGGGCCAGAACAAGGCUAUGAGGGAUUAUAUGGCACUCGACCAUCAUUUCAUCAACAAGCAGGCUACGAUCAGAUACCGAUAGACUCGAUGCAGGGCCUGGAGAUCGGCAGCGGCUUCGGCAUGGACAUGGACAUCGGCGAGGCUGAAGGAGCUGGCGCCGCUUCCGCUGACCUGGCCUUCCCCGAGCCGCCGCAUGAUAAUAACAAUGUUGCUGCUUGGUAUGAUACCGACCUUUAG